ACGUGGCGAGCAUCGUCUGCUGGCGGGGAUCAGAUGGUUACUCACAAGCGCGCAUGUCCGAUAAUCCUGCUCACACGAAUUCAUCGAUUUAUCCACACAUUCACACUAACUUUUCCAAAUAAAAGUCGAAUAAAUACGCAUAUUAACGAUAUUACAGCAAAUUCUCCACUGACGCUACGAUCAAUCUUGAAUUAGGGGAGAGAUGUGGAGGGCCGUAGGGCGCAUGUCCUGGGCCAGAGAGAGAGAGUGAGAUAGAGAGUGUGAGAGAGAGUGAACGGGAGUGUCAGAGCGCGCGGCCAUAGGCGAUAUUGUUUACCAGUACAAGUCUAACCCAGCACCGACUUGGAGGCGUCUUAAUAGUGGCGUGGGCUGCCUUCAACCAUCGCCACCAUCACCACCGCCACCACCGCCCACCACCACCGCCACCAUACUCUACAAAAUAAUGAGUGUGAACUUGGGAAACGAUACAAAAGCAUCUUCCCCAGUCAGAACCCCGGAUGAGGGCAAGGAAAGUAAAUACGAACCAAAACAAAACAAGAAGAUCAUUCGCCUCCUGACAGUGAUAGCUUACAUCAUCUCAGUGUCCAUGGCGGCGAUAAUCUUGUCCUUGUACUACGUGUUUCUGUGGGACCCCCAGAUAAAAUACCCGCCCAAAAUCAAGAGUGGGGGGAUGGGUAAUAGAAAUAAUCAGAACGUCGAAGAUAAUUCCCCCUCGCUUAACUCUCUUCCCUUCUCACUCGAUGAGUUUGGGUCUUCCGGUGACCUGGGUGAGGGACAACCCACCCCGAAGGUGUUGCCUUUGGUGAAGGAGGGAGGUUACGAGGCCGCCGCCCACCCCGCCCAAUAUUCACCCACUCAGCCCCUUCCCGACCUCUACCAAGACUCUGCGCAGGGUGGCGGUGGUGAGUCCUCUCAGGGUUACUCCCAACACCAACCUCACAAGACGACCUCACGAGAGCAACAACAUCAGCAACAACAUCAACAACAACAUCAACAACAAUAUCAACAGCAACAUCAACAACAGCAUCAACAGCAGAGGCAUCACCAACAGCAACAGCGAUAUCACCAGAUGCAGCAGGAUCAGCAACAGGACCCGCUGACGGCCCUUGCCUGAGGCCACACCGACCAUGGACCCUCACAGGACACUCACACACACCCCAGAUGAUCCUUCACCUACAGUUAGGAAUGACAGAAGAAUUAAUCAGCAAUACACAAUCUUCUCUAAACAUGUAGAAGCUAAGUCCAAAAAUGAGACAGCCACCGACAGCUUUCUGCCUACCUAGUGAUGACCCAAUCGCUGGUACAGGCAGAUAGGCGACACCAACUUCUACUGUUAAUUCUCCAUGGCUGCACCAGAGGGACUUGAGGCCAUGGUUAAAAUCACUGCAUGACUGACAGAGCAAAGUUGUUUGGCAAUAUUUUUCUGAUAAUUAGUAUUUCCUGUGUUUUUAUAUCAGAGAGUGGAACUUUCCCCCAAUUUUACAACGUCAGGUACUCAAGUUGGCACCCCGCAAUGUGUGAUCUGUUGAGGGUUGAUAACAUGUAUAUAUGAAGACGAGAAAUAACACACCUUAUGAAAAGAAAGUUUUGUAAUUAAGAUAUAUAAAAAAAACCCACAUAAAUAGAAAACUUAGAUGCUAAUGAUAUAUCGUUUGACAAAUAUAACUUCUUCUUUUUUUUGGCUAUUUUUAUUGUUAAGCGAGACGUGACCGACGUUCUCAAGGUGUGGUACUUAGUUUUGUCUCUUCACCUGCAGGACAACAGAGGGUCUUCAUCAGCCUCCCUCAAACACUCAACAACAACACGAUCUCAUCAAGCCCCAAAGAUUACCACAUAAAAUAUUAUCAUACUAGCAUAAUAUAUAUCUUAUAGUGCAAAUACACACACACACACACACACACACACACACACACACACACACACACACAAACACACACACACACACACACACACACACACACACACACACACACACAGUUUUCACACUAUUGGCUCACCGCUUGUUAACCUCUCCACUGGUUUGGGGAGACAAUUGCUUGUCUUGUUGCUUGUUUCAGUCUAGGCCGAGUGUUUGUAGGCAGCUACCAAUGCAAUCACUUACUUUCUGAGGCGUUUGUUUUGGUUUCUGGACAUUUAUUCUCUCAUAUCUUGGUGUACUUUGUUUUUGUAUAUAAUGUAUACAUAUAUCGCACUUUUUUUUUAUCCACAGGUGAUUUAUAUAACUCAUUAAGCAUCUGACGGACUGAUUGAACGUCAGUCCAUCGGCAUACACGAAUCAUGCAUAAUAUAUACAUGUACAUAAUAAACUACCUAUUCCAAUAUUACUUUAGAGCAUAGAUAAUCAAGACUAUAUUAUAUAAGUUUUUUGUCAGAUGUAAGGCGAGGCGCUGGUUUUGUGGCGUCACUUUGAUGGGGCGAGAUGACACAAGCUGUUAGUAUAUUAGCUAGAGUAAGAUGGCGAGAGUCUGUUAGCUUAGACAGCUUGACACACAGUCUAUUAGCUGAGACAAGUUGACAUAGUCUGUAAGUUGACACAAGUUGAGACAGUCUAGUAGCUAAGAUGUUAAGUUUACACAUAGUUAACUGAGACAAACUGACACUUUGUUGUGAGACCAGUAGACAAGAUCUGUUAGGUCAGACAAACUGCCAUAGGCUGUUAGGUGUAUAGACCUUACUUAGUUUUUGACGAUGGAAUUCAGUAUCAUCUGGGCUACAUCUGUUUUAUAGUAGUGACGUCACACGUAUCCGGAGUCUACUGGAUUCCUGCGUCGAAAAUUGUAAACAAGGAUCUGUAGACGGGAGCCAAGUGAUAGGUUAUGUCUGAGGACGAUGGUUAGGUGGGAGAUGUUUUUAAUUGUGUUGUCAUUGUUAGUUAAGGCGACGGUGACCGGGGAGAAAAGGUCACGAGGCCUUUAAGUUAGGUCAAUAUAAUGAACAAAUCAUUUAAUAUAAAAUAGAGAGGUCAAGAGUAAUUUAAAUGUUUCCUCACAAAAGUUCCUACUGCGUUAUCAAACAAACACACAUAAAAAACGUGACUGUUAACUCCGUGUUGGGAGACCUUAACUGAUGUUGGUGAAACUUGUGUCAGGGAGUCAGGACAAAGUAUGUCAUCUGCGACUUAGUUUAGGAGACUAGCGAUGACGUCACUGAAGAGAGUACAGUUUAUGAUAGGAGUAUACGCGACUAUGAUGCAUGUAUGUUACGGGUACAGGUGUGAGUCAGAGGAAGCUCAAGGUAUAACAGGAAAUUUUUUUGUAGUGGUGACCUUCGGGUUUGGUUGAUGGGCGAGGUACCUUACCUACACGAUUUGUAUAUUGGUGUGUAUAGUUGUACAUAUACCAUUUUUAAAUUGCCUAUAUCCACCUGGAGCGUGGAGACUACACCCACACACCGGGUCACAUCACAUGAGAGCUUAGUACUAUUGUUUAUGGUAGUAGGCGAAUGAACUACCAUGUACUCAGUUAUCUCAUACAAAAUAAUAAUAAAGUUCAUUCGUGAAGUUGUUGAUCUGGCUACACAGGUCUGCUGUUGCUAAACACAUGAUACCUCUGUCUUCGAGGGCAGGAGGUCCUCUCUCUCUGUGUCAGGGCAGGAGGCACUGACAUGGUACACCGUUGUGCCUGAGAGAACUACGAGAGGCGAGGCGCACACGUCAUUAUCACGGGUUCUCCCAUUCAUUUAAAUCGUUGCAAGUCUCCUCGCUAACGUCUUGCUAAAGGUGACUCCACUAGCGACAGCUGAACUCUUCGACGUUAAAGUACGACAUUCCUUUAUCACGACCAAUCUUAAAGUGUUGGAUUUUAUUCAGUAAAGUUCUUAGGCAACAUAUUUUCCUAACUUGUGGGGACGCAAUAUAAGUGGGUCUUACGUUUGUAGACGUCCAUCUAACUGCCUGGAUAUUUGGUUAGCAGGCGAGGUAUUUACGUGUCUGAAUAUCUAUCUGGCUAUGUACUUAUCUGACUGCCUAUCUUGCUGGCUUGCUGGUUGCCUGUUUUCCUGCCAGUCCACGAGCAGCACAUGAAGCAGCCACAAAAAUCUCCAACCAAUCCCAGACUAAACAGUACACAACAACACACCUCGAACACUACAGAAUGCCUUAGAAUUUAGAGGUGACUGACCCGCGCUUCACCCUGUCAGGCGACCAGCAGCAGGCGAGCCCUUAUUGAGGCGUCUUGCAGGGGUAAGGUCCAGCUGGCCUCAAUUUGACUGGUCUACACCAUUCUCUGAAGCAUGAUCCCGUUGUCUCGCGUCACGGUAGUCGGGGUCGUAUUAUAUCUUCCCUUUCCGUCAUAUUGAUUUUUGCAACGUCAACAUCUAAUGCGGAACUCUAGGGUUCGCGCGUUACCGCCUGUUCUGUGCGUUCGUCACGGACAUGUGUUACUUGUGUCGUCGAGCCACGCCUGUAUGCGUUAGCGCAUUAGUUAUAAGUUAAUUUUUACUUGGUAAGUUCGUCGCUUUUGUCAUAACAUAUUAAAAUGCAUGAUGUAUGACUCACAAGGUGAUAUGGGGGGCGGGCUUGUCAUGUAUCCAUUUGUUGACAGAGAGCGCGAGUCAUAUGCCCAGUUGUUGACAAGAGGCGUCUUUGUCGUGCACCCAUUUGUUUAUAUGUGGCGCCUUGUCAUGCAACCAUUCACUGACAUGGAGCUCCUUGUCAUAUACCCAUUUGUUUACAUGGGGCGAUUGUUAUAUGCCCAUAUGCAGUUUAUCGUACCCAUUCACAGGCAUAUCUCCUGCUGACAAUCACACUGUCACAGGCUUACACACAUUCGUCAAAACUUGUACAUUGUCAUAACUCCCACCAAGUUACACAGGUGAGCUGUCAUAACAUCCACCGAGGAACACAGGUGGUCUGUCAUAGUCAUUAACAUAAUUUGCAUAUUCAUACUAUUAAAGCGAGGGACGAUCAGCAUAAGAAUAUAACGUUAACAAAACACGUAAGUUAUACACCGCAGGCAAUACACAGCAUGUCGACCACGUGGCUUUCCAAUAAAGGAGUAUUACGUCCAGUAAUAUAUAAAUAAAUAUUUAGCCUUAGAUAGCUUCUUGAGAUAGCUUUUGCGAUAGUUGGUCUCCGGGUUUCCACGUGUUAUCUCUCUCUCUCUCUCUCUCUCUCUCUUUCUCUCUUGGGAUAUCUCUUGGUAGCAGAUUCUUGAGAAAGACGCCAUUGGUUUCAGUUUCGUUAUCAUACUUCCAUGGUCCGAAUGUCGCGGCAGGGACGCGGGUUUUACUUUCAUGGUCUAACUUUCGCUGUAUUAGGUCCACUAGCUGCUCCCACUUUCACCUUCUUCAGUUACUUUUACUUGCGCGGUAUUAUUCUGGGCAGUUUGUCUCACUUUCGCGGUUUCAGUUCCGUGAUGUCUUAUUUUUCGCGUUUUUCCCCUUUGCGUUCGUCUCGUUUUCGCGCUCUCUCACCCUAACUCACAACAUCGGCUUCUUGUUGUUGUUGUUGCUGCUGUAUAAUAAUAAAAGACAAAAACAAAUAAAAUUCUCUUCACAAAACAACAGUCGUGGACGCUGGUGCAAAAUAUCCUAUAGACUUAUUAUAUAAUCUAUAAUCAUCUCAUCUAUAAUAUUCAAUAAUUUUCUAACUAGCAAUUAACAAAAAAGAAUAAAAAAUCUCACAUAAAAUAUUUCCGUAUUGUAAUUCCUUCUCGCUACUACUGUUUUAUUGUUUAGUAAUUAACAAAUAUUUAAUAUGAAUCAGACCCCCAAAAUUAUGUAACCCACCCCCCCAAAGAGUACCUCUUAGGGGGGGUGGGAGGGGGAGAGAUUCAGAAUUUAUAUAAAACCCCGAAAUAUUGUAAUUUGUCAAAAAAUCAUAAACAUUCAAUUGUAUAUUUACAUCAGAU